UGCAAUGUGCCACCGCAGGCUUGAAAUAAGGAAGAAGACCUUAAAAACACAUGUAUGUACUUUCAUUUAGCAAAAUGUCCAGAGUAAAGAGCAUUAUCUGUCCUCAGGUUGUUCUGUUUGGAGACUCGAUUACACAGUAUGCUUUCCAGGCCAAUGGAUGGGGAUGUGAUCUUGCUAACAGACUUGUGAGAAAGUGCGACUUGGUGAACAGAGGUUUAUCUGGAUAUAACACUCGAUGGGCUAAACUGGUUCUUCCCCGGAUCAUCCCAAUGUACGGUGCUUCUCAUCCUUCUAUCGCAGCAGUGACCGUGUUCUUCGGCGCCAACGACGCAGCCCUGGAAGAUAAGAAUCCGCAGCAGCAUGUUCCCUGUGAGGAAUACUCCGAGAAUCUGAAGGACAUGGUUAACUAUCUGACCUCCGCCGGCGUGUCUAAGGACAGAGUCAUAUUCAUCACUCCUCCACCAAUUCAAGAGAAACUCUGGGAAAAAGAGUGUAUAUUAAAAGGAUGCUCUCUGAACCGUCUGAACUCUGUGACUGGUCAGUACGCUCAGCUUUGUGUCCAGACAGCAGCACAGUGUGGAGUGGAUGUGAUCGACCUCUGGUCCCUCAUGCAAAAAGAUGAAGAGGAUUUCUCAGCGUACCUGUCAGAUGGUUUGCACCUCUCAGAGAAGGGCAACCAGUUUGUAGCCCAGCACGUGUGGAGAGUAUUGGAGAGCAAGGUAGCUGAUGUACCUUUCAUCCUGCCAUACUGGGCUGAUGUAGACUGUGAGAACCCUCAGAACAGCCUGCUGUGUGAUUAGAGCAUUCAGCCACACUGAACCUCUCAUCUUAUCUGAUCUGAUCAGUUUUACCGUAAAUGGUUCUGUCUUUUUCUGUCUGAUUUGCACUUGUGCUUAAGGGAAGGAUGAGAAAUAAAAUAAAAAAAAAAACGGGUACUUUAUCAUUGCUGAUGAAGGCUGACUCUAGUAAGCGGGUUUCGCUUCAUGCUGGAAUUACAAGACGAAGGCUCGGAAGCUCUGCUCUUUUAUUUCUCCGUGGACUCAUUUAGAAUAGUCUCUCACACCAAUACAAUCUUAUACUAUUAUCGUCAAUACCAGAACAGACAUAAUAGCAAUGCAUAGAGAUAAAUACUGAUUUUAUUCUCCUAAAUACUUUAAUUGUAGGCCAGAAGCACGUCAUGACCAGUGAUUGUAGUU